GGCAGCCACAGUCACUGUCCCAGCGGCCUCACAGAGAUGGCUGACAAGAAAGAUGAAAAACCAGCAGGUGGAGCUCCUGGGGGUGACAAGCCACCUGAAGAAGGCGAAGAGGGGCCGCCGCCAUCCCCACCCAAACCAAAGCCCAUAGUGAUCAACAGGUAUGCAGAUGACUGCCUGCGGGACAUAGUCAAGCGGCUGACCGACCGAAGGGCCAUAUACAUGGAGAAGGUCCUGGACCCCUACGCCUCAUCUCCUGAGAGGAGCCCUCCUGCCACGCCGCUGUACACGAAGGAGGGAUACAAACGCAAGCUGGAGGAGGACAAGAGGAAGGCGGAGGAGGCAGAGCAGAAGAAGAAGGAGGCGGAGGAGAAGAAGAAGAGGGACGCGGAGGAGAAGAAGAAAAAAGAGGAGGAGGAGAAGAAGAGGAAAGAGGAGGAAGAGAAGAAGAAGAAGGAGGAGGGGAAGGUGGAGGAGAAGCCGCCUGAGCCGCCCAAGCCCCAGGAGAAGGCCAAGGGCAUCUGCCCAAAGUUCGUGUGCGACUGGAUGGACGUCGUCCUGAAGCCUGUGGAGGAGAUAAUGGACAAGCGGAUGGGCACCUCGGUCGACCCUUUCACAGACCGGCGCUACAUCGGCUGGCUGAGCAUUUUGACCAUCGCCUUCAACUACAACCUGUGGUUCAUCCCGGUGCGCAUGACCUUCCCCUACCACACGCCCGAGUCCAUCCCCAUGUGGUUCGCCGCGGACCUUGUUGCCGACGCCAUCUACAUCAUCGACAUGCUCCUCUUCCAACCACGCCUGCAGUUCGUCAAGGGUGGAGACAUCAUAUAUGACCAGGUUCAAAUGAAGAAACAUUACAGGGAAUCCCCGAAGUUCCAGACCGCACUGCUGUCUGUUAUACCAUUCGACCUGCUCUACAUUCCCUUUGGCUUCAAGUCCGUCUUCAGAGCCAAUCGUCUCCUGCGGAGCGAGGCUUUCAAUGAGUUCAGUGACCGUCUGGAGGGGAUUAUGACCAAGGCCUACAUCUGGAGAGUCAUCCGCACCAUUGGCUACCUGCUGUUCAUUCUGCACCUCAAUGCCUGUGUCUACUAUGUGGCCUCAGCCUACGAGGGCAUUGGCAAGAGCAAAUGGACCUACAGUGGAAAGGGCAGUGCCUACUUGGCCUGUUUCUUCUAUGCGGAGAAGUCCCUCCUCAUGAUAGCAGAGCUGCCCUUUCCUGAGACACUGUUCGGUCAGGUCUUUCAGAUGACAAACUACUUUUUCGGGUCCCUUUUUCUGUCCACAAUUCUCGGGCAGAUGAGGGAUGUGAUUGGAGCAGCAACGGCUGGCCAGACGUACUUCCGCAACUCCAUGGACAACUGUGUGGCCUACAUGGUGGCCAACCGCAUCCCCAAGCUGGUGCAGCACCGCGUCAGGACCUGGUACAACUACACCUGGGACGCGCAGGGCAUGCUGGAUGAGUCUGAGUUGCUGGAUAAGAUGCCCCUGGUCAUGAAGACAGCGAUAGCUGUGGACGUCAACUUGGCCACCUUCCAGAAGAUUGACCUCUUCAAGGGCUGUGACAACCAGAUGUUGAUUGACAUGUUGCUGCGACUCAAAUCCAUUAUCUUCCUGCCAGGAGACUUUGUGGUGAAAAAGGGAGACAUCGGUAAAGAGAUGUACAUCAUCAAGUCUGGAGCUGUGCAGGUGGUGGGUGGCCCGGACAACUCCAUCAUCUUUGUGACGCUGAAGGCCGGCUGUGUGUUUGGAGAGAUCAGUCUGUUACAGUCCUCAGCCAACGGAGGCAACAGGAGGACGGCUAACGUGAAGGCUCACGGCUUCGCCAACCUGUUCGUGCUGGAAAAGAAGGAUCUGUUUGACAUCCUUGUCCACUACCCAGAGUCCCAGAAAGUGUUGGCCAGGAAGGGAAGGCAGCUGAUGAAAGCGAAGGGUCCAGCAGCGGCUAAGGCGGCUGAGGAUAAGAAGAAGGGUCUGGCUCUGUUUGGCCCCAAACCGCCCACGCCCAAGCUCCUCCGCGCCUUCGGAGCAGGCCUCAAAACAAAAGGACUCGUCGAAAAAAUGAAGGCUGCUUCAAAAUCAUGAACCCAGACGACCAAAGCAGUUUUUUUCUCUCUUUUUUUGGAAAGAACUUUCCAAACGCAGUCAAUUGCUGUUGUUUUAAAUGUGCUAUAUAAAUACACUGACAAGAUGACAAUUUAAAGGUACACUGUGCAGGAAAGUGUCAAAAAAGGUACUGCAACUGUGCUGCAUAUUGAAACUAUUGCCAAAUUUGAUCUUUUCAUGAAAGUUUACCACAUAAUAAACUAAUAUUUUCUAGUAUGGCCGAGGUACAGUCAUUUUUGCAGGAAAUUCGAAAAAUUCUGGAAAUUCAAAAUGGCGAACUAUGGAGAAGAUCCCCCUUUUCAUGUAUGAAAAGAGCAUUUUUUCCAGUCAUAAUGAAUACUUUGAAUGGGUAGCAUGGAUUCUGGAAAUAAACAACUAAAAAUCUUGCACAGUGUACCUUUAUGCCAAUCCCAGUUUACUGGUAUACUGUAUAUCCAUACUACAUGAU